AUGAAAUACUUAACAACCAUUUUCAUGGCUUUAGCCUUCUUCACCAUCCUCAAAGUAGUCCAAAGCACCGAUUUUAAAGUUGGCGGUGACCGUGGAUGGGCAGUGCCUCCCUCUAACGAUACCGAAUUCUACAACAAAUGGACUUCCCAAAAUCGCUUUAAAGUGAAGGACACGCUUCAAUUUGUGUACAAAAGGCACGAAGAGACCCUGUGUGUUAUGCAUAGCAAGGAAGAUCACGAUAAAUGCCACAAUGCUUCAUACGCGAAAUAUUACGACGAUGGUGACGAUAUUUAUGUACUUGAUCGACCGGGGUACUUUUAUUUCAUUAGUUGUAUUCUGGAUAACUGUUUACAUGGUCAUCUUAAGAUGGUCGUCAAGGUUUUGGAACACGAUAUCGAUAGCAUUGCUGAUGAAACUGCAAACCAAACAUCGGAAAGCGUGGCGUCGGUACUUAAGAUGGAAAGUGAUGUUUUGUCUCAAACUCUUAUGAUCGUUGGAAUUAUUGCAAUGUUUACAGUAUUUUAUAUGUAA